AUGCAAAAAUAUGGAGAGCUUCCGAACAUCCUCUUAUGGAAAUCCUUUAAUAAGGUAACCUUGGCAAAAGGUCUCUGCGAUUACAUAAUAACGAAUAGAAAUGUCCAUAAUACAGAGACGAAAUUUAUUAUGAAGAAGCUUUAUUACAUCGAUUCUGUAAACUCAUUUCCAUUAGAAGACUUUAAGAGAAUGAUACCAAUAAAUAUGCCAAUUAACAAAAGUAUAUAUGAUAAUGUCAUCAUUAAUCAAGCUCUAAAUUUAAAGGAGCUCAAUGAAAUAAUCAUGAAGAUUAUUCAAAGUGAAAAACAGGCAGCAACUACAGAGGAAAAACGUAUUAUUGAAAAACCAUCUACAUCACAGGAAAAUCUAAAAGAUAAUGUACUAAUAGUGAUAAAUGGGUUAGAUAUCAUGUUUCAGAAUAGUAGUAUGUCCGAUUCAAGGCAGGCUCAUAACCAUCUGAAUCUAACAUUACUUCAAUUAAGAGCCACAGCAAAUAGGGGACAAGAAUCCUUCAAAAGCAUUAUAUUAUCGAGAGAUCCAUUGAAUGGAGAUAUUGCUACUCAACAAUUUAAGAGAACUAAAAAUGAGGGAAAUUCUGUGUACCAAUAUGUGUCAAAAUACUAUGCUGAUUAUAACCUUUAA